AUGUCCUGUCGGCUGUCAACCAACGAAAGUCUCCCGCCGGCUGAGUUCGACUCUGUCGCCUGUGCCAGCUGUUUCUAUUUUAUCUACAUGGUUGCAAGUCCUUAUGUGGCACAGUACUACACACGACGAUGUCCGGCAGGACUGCUAAUCUGCCGUGAUCCGUUCAGUGAGGAUUGCCAUUGCGACAAUCCGCGAUCGGUUUUUAAUCUGCCCGAAUUCACAGUGAACAGGUCUCAGAUCACUCCUCUCAAUGAGCUGCGGCUGGAUCCACCGCUGUAUGACCAUUUCGCUCAGCUCACUCACCAAUGUUGUGCAGCGGCUCGGGAUUGCUGUCAACGAACUCUGCUCCCGAGUAAUCAACGACCACAGAAAACCUGUCCAGCUACAUGGGAUGGCUGGCAGUGUUUCGAUACGGCCGAAGCCGGCAGUGUCGUUGAAGCUCAAUGUCCACCAUACAUCUAUGGUGAAGCGGCGCGUCCGGACGCAUCACAGAAGUCUCGUAAAAUGUGCGGCGAUACGGCCUGGGUAAGGCGACCGGGCACCACCAGCGAAUGGACCGACUAUUCGGGUUGUACAAUGGUUCAGCAGGAAGCGCAAAUAAAACUGCUGGCUGGUAUCAUCGCCUUUUCGAUUAGUGUGAUCUGUCUUAUACCUGCUGUCUUUAUUUUGUGGUUUUUUCGGCCUUUACGACAUCAGCCGAUGUUCAUCGUUCAUCGCCAUCUGCUCACUUCAUUCGUGCUUUCGGGUCUUUUCUACCUGUUCAACUGUUUCUUCUAUAUCGUCGACGGGGCGCCUGGUGACACUCUAAUCUUUGCUAAUCAC